AAAUAUUAUUAGAGAUAAUAUUAUGCUCUUAGAUAUAACCAACUACGGUUUUCUGGCUUGAAUCACAUUAUUAUACUUAAGCGACAUUUUGAAUAGUAUUUUAUGAUAAGUCGGGUUCUCAUAUCGGUGCGCAGUCGACUUAUAACAAACACAUCGGGCACCCCGAAUCCUGUCGGCCUCAAACUAACUACCCGUGGUGCCAACCGUCGGUGAUUCGGACUUGCGCUCACCACUCGUGUUACCUUAUCUAACCCUGACGACGCAAGCGAAUUGUAACACACCCUAUCAGUUCACCGACAAUCACCACUGCCUCAUCAAUAGUACAUUCCGUGGUAGUCUUAACAGCCGUUGCUCGAGCUUCGUGUCCUCCAUAGGUGCGUGUCGCACAGUUUGAUAAUUGAAACACUACUUACUUCGUGAUUGUGCUGGUGGAUUCGUGUAGUCUAGCUGACAGAAGUGACUGUCGGCAACAGGCGACGGUGUUUUGUGAGGGCCUGGUUCUGCUUUGUUACACGCUCAAACGACUUCUGUCAACAUGCAACGGGCACUUGGCGUUGGUCCCAAGAAAAGAAAAUCAAAUCGUAUUAUUGAUUUGGAUAUGCAACGCUCCAUAGGAGCUAUAUCUUCCAUGGAAUAUAAACGUCGUACAAUUAUUAAUGAAAUCAAUAAUGUCGCUUAUUCACUUCAUAAAACGUCUUUGCCUGCAAUUUACAUUAAUCCAAUUAGAACAGGUGCUCCAAAUUUUGUACAAGAUGAUAUUUUAGGUAUGGAAGUCGAUCCAAGAGAAAGUAAAUGUUUACUUGUCAUAUCCAGAUACAACAGUGUAGCUAUUUAUAAUGUAUCCCAAAAUGUUAAAAUCUUUGAUCAAAUGAAGCGAAUGACAAUUCCACAUGACCCAAUUGAUAAUAAUGGUUCGCCAAAUUCAGCACAUUGGCUUUGGGAUGGUACAGUAUUUACUGUUUGCACUAUGGAUUCUGUACAUUUUUGGGAUUCAUUUACUUGUAAAAUAAUUGAAACUGUGAAAAUGCGUACAAAAGUUUUAAACCAUGUAAUGGCUGCAAAAAAAUAUAGUGCUAAUAAAUUGGUUGCAGUGACAGGAAUAGAAGGACAUGUAUUUUUAAUUGAUAUGUUCCAUGGUAUUGUUGUAAUGACUAUGAAAAAUAUUGAAAACAAACCAAUAAGAACUAUCAGUUGGCAUCCAUUAAAUGAAUUACAAUAUGUUACUGGCAAUGACAAUGGAAAUAUUUACUUAUGGGAUAUUCGUUAUCAAUUGAAUUAUGUUUUAAAAUUUCAAAGGGAUGAUUCUGGUGCACCUGUAUCAAGCCUUACUAAUCCAGUCAUUGGGUUACGUUUUUAUAAUUACGGAAAUGAUAUUAUAUCUGUGGAUAGUAUUGGAGGCAUUAACACUUGGGAAGUUAGUACUGGUCUACUACGUCCUAAUCACUAUGAACCUGUACUGUUAUGUGACCUAAACAAGAAUCAUAUUUUUAAAGAUUAUCAGUUUGCUGUUACUGAACAUUUGAAAGAAGACAUCGUAUUUUUCCCAUCGAAAAAAGGAAUGAGAAUAUUUGAUAUUGAAAGUGGUGAACAUUUACCUUUUUCUAACGAUAUAUCUAUACCUAUGAACUGUGCUACUUACGACACUAAACGAUUUUGUGUUUAUGGAGGCUCUAAUGAUGUAAUAAAAGUAUGGACACCUGAAAAAAAACUGGCGGAAUUGAAUGUUUAAAAUGAUAAAUUAUAUUAAUUUUCCUUGCGUUAACUUAUUUAUAUGUAAAGUUAUAUUUUUGUAUUUAUUUAAUUCAUGCUAGGAAAUCAUUGAUACUUUACUUGUUCUAUAAGAUUAUAGUGAAAUUUUACCUAGUUUCUAAGUUUGGAGGUAAAUAAUGAUUGACAUAGUCCCAAAAAUAUUUUGUCAAGACCAAUGCCGGUUACAAGUUACAUUCAAAAUUAUGCAUGCUGGAAAUAUGACCAUGUUUUUUAAAAUAAUUAAUGUUGUUUUUCUUUAAUUGAAAAAUACCUAAAAUAAUAGG